AUGUUAAUCCCACUCAAGGCCGAUUCUCGAUUUGAAUUUACAAAUGUAAAUUGCACUUCUUAUGAAAAACAAAUUAUUGAUUAUGAGUACUGCUACCUAAAAUCAAUAAAUCGAACCUAUAAAUAUUUAUCGGGAAAAAUUAAAUUGUAUGAAGUUCCUCUAUCAAACAUAAAGGUUAAUUUUAGAUUAUGGAAGCGUUUUAAUGGAUAUAAACCGUUUUUGUAUAAUAUAACGUUGGACUUAUGCAAAUUUUUGGUAACACCGAAAUCUAGCCCUGUUGCAAAUUUUAUUUAUGAAUCAUUCGUGGAAUAUUCUAAUAUGAAUCAUUCGUGUCCCUUCAAAAAUGAAUUGUAUGUGGAAAAGCUUCCCGUGGAUUUUAUGAAUCACCGAUUUACCAAAAUUCUUCCUUUUCCCGAAGGCGAUUAUCUUUUUGAAUUCCUAUGGAUUCGUUCUAGAUCUUUAAUUGCAAGCGCUAAAAUAUAUUGUACCGUUUCAUAA